AUGCUAUUGUUGGUAGCAUCACUUGAAUUAUUUGAAUCAUUUAUAAUUAGAACACCAUUGUUACAAAUAAUAACAUUAUUAUCAAUAAUAACACUAUCAAUAUUACAUCGUCAAGCUGAAAAACGUGAUGGUCUUGGACUUGCCGUAACUGCAUGUGGAUUUAUCAUCAUAACAAUUUCACGUUUAUGGAGAAUUUUAAAUAAACAUAAUGAUUUUAUUGUAUUAAACAAUGUCAGAUUAAUAACAACAAUUGGUACAUGUUUUAUUGGUGGAUUACUUGGUGUUAUUGAUACAUAUUCACUCUAUCGUAUUAUACAAAUGAGUAAACAUUAUGAAUUUAAAAAAUCUAAUAAUAAUACAAGAGUAAUGUAUAAACAUUCUUACUCACCAUUGCUAAGUAAAUUAACAUUUUAUUGGGUUGUUGAAUUAUUAUAUCGUGGAUAUAAAGCACCACUUGAUCUUGUUGAUCUUGGUGAUCUUCCUGAAGAAGAAACAGCUGUUGUACAAUUUAAAAAAUUCAUUAAAAUUUAUAAUAAAAAAAGUAAUGAUAAAAUAUCAUUAUGGUUUUGUUACUGGAAACAUGUAUGGCAAUCAUUUUUAAUUGGUGGAAUAUUAAAAUUAAUUGGUGACACAACAACACUCAUUGGUCCAAUGGCAAUAUCAAAAAUUAUUAAUUAUGUUAAAUUAAUACAAAAUAAUACACAAAUUGAUAAUUCGAAUGAUGCUAAUUAUAUAUUAACAUUUAAUGAAAUUUUAAACAAUGGAUAUUUUCUUGGUUUUAUUAUUUUUUUAGCAGCUAUUAUUCAGAGUACAUUGAGUCAAGCAUCAACACAUUGUUUAAACGUUGAAGGUAUCAGAUUGAGAACAGCUUUACAGGCUUUGAUUUAUAGUAAAUCUUUAAAGCUAUAUUCAUGGACAAUAACUCAUGAUGAUGAUAAUGUUUCAAGUGGUAGAGAAAAAAAUUUAUCAUCAAAUUAUUCGGAUAUUGGAACAUUAACUAAUUUAAUGUCUGAAGAUGUUUAUAAUGUCAUGAGUUUUUUUUGGAUUGGACAUUAUAUUUGGGCUAUACCAUUAAAGAUUAUUGUCAUUAUUUAUUUACUUUAUAUUAAACUUGGUGUAAGUGCAAUAAUAGGCGCAAUAUGUUGCAUAUUAAUUGUAACACCAAUGCAAUUAAUUUUGGGUAAAAAAAUGUCAAAAAAUUUAAAAUUAAUAUCGGAAAAAAGUGAUGCAAGAUUAAAAUUAUUAAAUGAAAUUCUUCAAGGUAUUAAAUUUGUAAAAUUACGUGGAUGGGAAAAUAUAUUUGAAAAACGUAUUAAAAAAACACGUGAUGAAGAACUUGAAUUACUUGAUAAUGAUUCAUUAUACUGGGGUUUAAUAACAUUUAUAACACAAGCAUCAACAAUUUUAAUAACAAUUCUAACAUUUGGAGUUUAUUUUUGGGUUGAAGAAACUCAUCUUGAUGCUGGUAAUGUUUUUUCAAGUCUUGCAUUAUUUUCACAAUUAACAGUACCACUUUUAAUAUUUCCUGUUAUUAUACCAAUUAUUUUAAAUGCAAGGAAUUCUACAAAACGUCUUGAAGAAUUUUUAGAACGUCCAGAAAUUGUCAAUGUAUUUACAGAGACUGUUGAUGAUAAAAUAAUAAAUAACGAUGAAAGCGAAUCAAAUUGCCAAGCUCCUCUUUUACAAGAAAAAAAUCCAACGGAAGAAGAAGAAGAAAUAUUUGAAAAUAAUUCAUUGACAAUGAGAUGUCUUGAUGAUAUAAAUGAGCAAGAAGAACACCUUGUUAAUUCACCUGAAAAAACAAUAAAAGAUACAUCAAUUUUAUCUGUAUCUGGAAUUUUUAAUAUCAAUAAUAUUGAUAGCAAUACAUUGACAAUAAAAAAUCUUGAAAUACCAAAAGGUAAAUUGACAUUAAUUGUUGGUAAAACUGGAAGUGGUAAAACAUCAAUAAUAUCAGCAAUAAUUGGUGAAUUAAAAUUAAUAAAUGGUAAUAUAAAUUGGUUAUUAAAUAAUAAAAAAAUUGCAUAUGUAUCACAACGUGUAUGGUUACAAAAUACAACACUUCGAGAAAAUAUAUUAUUUGGAAAUAAUUAUAAUAAAAAAUUUUAUAAUAUUGUAUUAAAAGCUUGUUGUCUUGAUAGUGAUGUUGAUAUAUUACCUGGUAAUGAUUUAACAAUAAUUGGUGAUAAAGGAAUUAAUUUAAGUGGUGGACAAAAACAAAGAGUUGCUAUUGCAAGAGCAAUAUAUUCAAAUGCUGAUGUUUAUAUAUUUGAUGAUCCAUUUUCAGCACUUGAUCAACAUGUCUGUCAGCAAAUAUUUAAAUUUGGAAUACAAAAUUUACUCAUUAAAAAUGGUCAAACUGUUGUAAUGUCAACACAUCGUACUGAAUUAAUUAAUUACGCUGAUAAAAUAAUUGUUAUGGAUAAUUGUAAAAUCCUCACAACAGGUACAAUGUUAUCACUUGAAAAAAAUCAUCCAGCACUUAUUAAUGAAUGGAAUGAAUCAUUGAAACAUCAAAAAAAUAAAUUAACAAUUCAUAAAACUGCCAAAGAACGUUGGUCAUUGAUAAGGCUUGUAUCUCGAAUUGCUGGUAUUAAAGUUAAAUAUAAUAUCAAAAAUAAAAAUAAUGAAAAAUCAUGGACAACUGAUUAUGAUGCACAUGUAACACCACCAAUAUUUUCACCACUUAAAUUACGUAAAUCAAUGAUAUUUGAAUCAAGAUAUCUUGCUCAUGAUUUAACGGAUCUUCCGGUACCAGCUGAUGACUGGAUAACAAGUAAAAAAAAAAAUUACAAACAUAGAAAUGCUAAACGAGCAAUUAGCUUACAACCACCGAAACAACAUCAUCCAGUUUUACGUCAAAGUAGUACACCAACAUUUUUCGAAAUAAGUUAUUUAAAUUUACAAAAAAAAUAUAAUACAAAUGCCAAUGAACAAAGUACAAGUGGUACAACAAAUGUAUUAAAACAGCUAUUAAAUAUAAAUGAUAAUAAAAAAAUUACUAAUACUAACAGUGAUAAUAGUAAAAGAAUAUUAAAAAAAUUAAUAUCAACAAAAAAUUUACAAGAAAAUUGUCAAGUUAAAAGUUUAUUAUCAACAAAAUCAUCAUCAACAAAUGAUGAGCUUGAUGAUGUUGAUGAAGAACAAGAAAAUAUCAAUGAAAGUAUGAACAAUAUUGAUGAUCAUGAUGAUCAUGAUAUUGUCAAUAUUAACACUUGGUUUGAAUAUUUAAAAUCUGGUGGUUUAUUACCUUGUUUAUUAUUUUUAAUUGUCGCAUUUAUUUGUCAAUUUAUUCGUGUUAUAACUGAUAUUUGGCUUAGUAAAUGGACUGAUCUUGGUGUCAUUGAUAAUGACAAAAAUAAAAUUCAUAAUCAAACAAUUUAUUACUUCAGUAUGUAUAUGGCACUAUCAAUAACAUCAAUUUUAAUAUCAGGAAUAAAUAGUGCAACUGGACAAUUAGCUGGUACAUGUGCACGUAAAAAAAUACAUGAAAAAACAAUAACAUCAUUGUUAAAAUCAACAAUAUUAUUAUUCGAAAUAACACCAAUUGGUAAAAUAUUAAAUAUAUUGAGUGCUGAUAUUGGAAUUAUUGAUAAAAAAUUAUCAAUAACAUUUCAAAGAUUAAUAUCAUUUAUACUUCUUUGUUGUUCAUCAAUUAUUAUUAAUAUUAUUAUAUUUCCUUGGUUUAUUAUUGCUGUAAUACCAAUAUGUAUUGUUUAUUAUUAUUUACAAAAAUUUUAUAGAAUUUGUGCAAGACAAUUGCAGAGUCUUGAAGGAAGCACAAGAGGACCAAUUGGUGCUCAUUUUUCUGAGACUUUAUCAGGACUAUCAGUGAUCAGAGCAUCAUUUCAGCAAGAUAAAUUUAUAAAUGAUAUGUUUGAACUUUUAGAUUCAAAUACAAAUGCAUUUUUGAUUUUAAAUACUAGCAGUAGAUGGCUGGGUAUUGCUUUGGAUUACUUGGGAGCAAUUGCAGUGUUGACUUCAAUAAUUGCAUCAAUAUUAUCAGCAAAAAUAUAUCCAGAAUUUGUAACACCAGCACUUGUUGGUCUUGCAAUAAAUUAUACAUUUCUUGUACCGAUAUAUUUAAAUUGGGUUGUUAAAUUUAUAUCAGAAAUCGAAAUGUAUAUGGGAAGUGUUUCUAGACUGACAAUGUUGACGAAAAAUCAACAAGAAGAUUAUCGAGAUAAUGGAUAUAAACCUCAUGAUUCAUGGCCUUCAAAAGGUGAAAUAAUAUUCGAAAAUGUUACGUUAAAAUAUCACUCAAGUGUAUCACCAAUAAUUCGUAAUUUAAAUUUAAAAAUUUCACCAGGUCAAAAGCUUGGUAUUUGUGGUAAAAGUGGAAGUGGUAAAUCAUCAACAGUAAUGGCGUUAUUUCAAUUAUUAGAAAUAUCUGAAGGACGUAUAUUAAUUGAUGGUAUUGAUUUACAAAGUAUAACAUUGUUAAGUUUACGUUCAAGGCUAUCAGCAAUACCACAAGAUGUUGUUAUGUUUAGUGGUAGUAUACGUGAAAAUUUAGAUCCAAUGUGUCAAUUUAAUGAUGAUGAAAUAUGGCAUGUAUUAGAAUUAGUACAAGCUAAAUAUUUAAUAUCAAAUUAUAAUGAAGGAUUAAAUUAUAAAAUACAAGAAGGUGGUAAAAAUUUUUCAACUGGACAAUUACAAUUACUUUGUAUGGCUAGAGCAUUAUUAAGAAAAUCAAAUAUUAUUGUUAUUGAUGAAGCAACAAGUGCACUUGAUUUAACAACUGAAAAAAUACUUUUAAAUUCAGUUAAAAAUUCAUUUAAACAAUCUACUGUUAUUACAAUAUCACAUCGUGUUGCAUCGUUAUUAAAUUGCGAUAAAAUUAUUGUUUUUGAUGAAGGUAAAAUUAUUGAAGAAGGAACACCAAAUGAACUUUCAUUAAAAACAAAUGGUUAUUUUAAAAAAAUGCUACAAACAACUGAAAUUAAUUGAUAAAAAGAGAAAAAAAGCACAA